GAAGAACCUGGGCACCAGCGGGCACCAGGCAUACAUACAUGCAAGUGCUCAGUGUUUCAUGAGUUGCUUCUUCCAGCUGCUGCAAGAACCAUCCGCUUUCGCCAUUGGGCUCCCCAAUUCUAUCAAGAGCAAGAGGGUAGGCAGGGUUGUUUUUUUAGCUUUAGCUUGACAAAUCUUGACUUAUGUCGCACUUCAUCACGUGCUGGUGUCUUUUUGGCAUUGGAGCACCCCUUGCAACUGCAGAGGUUGCUUUAAGAUUUGCUCAUGACUCCACGAGUGCAGAUCUUGAACUUGGUUCGAAGAAGACAGGCUGCAUGAUCACCACAGAGAGCUUUAAAUUGACCUGCCAAGCUCCUGGCGACACCGCUUCUUCGCCGGGGGACAUACCAAACGUGAUGAAGUUCAUGAUUGAUUGCAAGGACAUGGACAUGGACGCUGCCUUUGAGGAAAUCGCUGUGUAUAGCGCCCCCGUGUGUGCCAAAGUGACUUACACGGCGUACAGUGAAACAACCGAAGGAGUUUGGGCAACGCACCUCACCAAGAACAGCCUUUUCAAUUUCACUUGUGUGCUGCUUCCGCUGCCCAUGUGGAUGGCAAAGGAUAGCGGGGGGUCCUCCCGGAUCUCAGUGACCGCAGACGUGAGUUGGAGAGUUAAAGACCAAUCAUACUAUUCAUGGAAAACCAUAGAGGUCGGAUCCUUGACUUAUCAUGGGGAGGGUGUUGAUGCCAACACUUGCACUCAAACUGUGAAGAACCAGUAUGACUGGCAGAUGGAGGUGGUGGCUUCCAGUGAGAAUCGGCACCAAGUGCAUUGGAAAAGCCGUAAGAGUGAACUUGGACCGUCCAAGUAUCGCUCCAGUGUGCUGGUCAGCGACGAAAGGCUGAGGGAGUUGAGCGAUCGUCCAAGGCAAACGGAUGCUUUGAUGGUCUAUGAAAUGGCACGCUUUGAGCCCAAACUCCAGAGCGCUUAUUGCGAGAGCCUCCCCCAGAGAGACCUCCGACUUGACAUGUAUCUCUGGAAAGUGGAACCACCCAGCCCCAAGCGUCGAAGUUAUUUGCAAGACUUGGAAGAAGCUGUGAACUACAUGGAAAUCCAGGUCAACGUAGACGAGCUUCCCAAUGAGACCAAGACCAUUGAGGCCACUGUGCAAUACUCACUGCCUCUCUUUGUCCCAAUGAAAUUCUUUGAGCAGAAGUACAUGACCAAGAUCUUGCAUCUUCCUGUGGAUAUGAGUUCCCACAUUCGUUACCCUAAGGCUCCGAUCCCCAUCGACAAUGGGCCAGAACCAGACCCCACUCAACCCCCUGAGCCUAAGCCUUCAUCAUCAAGCGGCCCUUGGUGGGUGGUUUGUGUUCUUCUAGUCAUCCUGGCCAUCUUGGGUGCCUUCUUCUACCGUCGCCAGCGUCGAAUCGCAUCGCAACUUCAUGGUGAUGGAGUCGAACUACGGGGAGCAGCUGCGUGAGAAACAGCUAUCAUGGCUCAUAGCUGUGGGAACGAACAUCCGUAGGUCCACACGAUGUGUCCCAAACCUAUUGAUGUAUUAGUAUUGUAUAUUAUGCCACAUGGACUUCAUGGAUCGAGCAUGUUGGAAUUCUUAAAGUCAACCGCUGCAGCACAGGCCAG